CCGUUCAGACUGCUUUUUUGUCGUUUAUUAUAACUUAGAUUUAAAUGUAGUAGGCGUUUUGCAACAUCAAUGGCCACGUUGCAUAUUCAAAGGAACCGUUUAAUUACUAUAUUUGAAGGAAAAACGUUAUAAGCUGACCCUAUUUUCUUACAUCAAGCGUUAUCAGUUUUAAAUUAGUCCCGGCACUUGAGAAAAACCCAACACAAACGUUCACAAAUUCAGUUAGUGUUGCUAUUGGAAGUUUGCUCAUUGGCUUAUCAUGCUGUUAGUGCGCCAGGGGCUGUAUUUUAAAAAACAUCGAUGAUGAUCUAUCACUGUACAUUUACACCCCUAAUCACAUCUUUCAAAAAUAUUAUUUAUGAGCUAUUAGUAAUAUAAUUAACUCCAUUAACAGUUCAUGGAAAGCCUUUAACUUUGCUCGUACUCGAUGGAUGGCACGUCAUUCGAACCAUUUUCGAAUGUAAGAAAAGUUACAAACUAAUUACAAAGUCAUUAAAUUUUGUCGUCUUUUUUAGUUACUUUAAUAGUCGUACAACAUAAAUCAAAUCAGACUGUAAAGUUUACUACAAUGUUGUAGCUUUUAACAAACAGUAUGUCCCAUCUCUGAGUUGUCAUUGAAAACAUGCCAUGCUAUAGAAGUUUGCAUAAAAAGUCUGGUUAUUUCGAUUAAUGAGACAGCCUCCUUGCUCCGUAUAAUACUAAUUAAACACCAAUUUAUUGUUUACCAAAAUGCGUUACCGUUGACUGCAUAUUAAAAUCAUUUGAAAUAUUCGCGUUUCACUGGUUUUCAUAGUAAAAAAACACGACGUGAAGGAUGUCAUUCUAACACCAUUUAUAUUACUGAAAUCUUACCUGCCUUAUAAACAGUAUUUGUCAAGACGGAAAAGAGAUAUGAACGAAGUAUAAAUUGUCUUUAAAGUACACAGUUUUUGCGAGAUUUGUGAAUUGUGCCAGCCUGUUCGUCAGCUGAAUACAAUCAUGCCACACUCACCUCUGAUAAAAGGCCCAGUUCCAGAAAAUGAUAUGAAUGGAACUGAGAAAACGGAUAUUAACAAACUCACCAGAAGCCUUUCGAAAGUAUCCACAGCAUCGCAGAAGUCGAAAACCAGAUUUUCGGAUAACGGUGAUGAUAACCCCAGGUCUUGGUGGUAUGCAUUUUGCCUUAAAUGUAGGUCAAAAGAGUCGACACCAGAAACAUGGGAACCGAAAUAUUGGUCCUUCCUAUGCCCAUUUCCGUAUUGCCCUCAUUACCGGGACUUUUCACGAUUUUUGGCCCUCAUUAUCAUUGGAGUGGUAUCGUGGUGUAUUCUUUAUACCAUAGCCGGUGAUAUCGCUGCGCCACCCAAUGGACAACUUUUUCAGCUGCUGAUUCUUGUGCUGGCGGCCAAAUUCGGAGGCUGGUUGAUAAGCCUGACUAAUUUACCGGGACUGAUUGGAAUGCUUUUCGUUGGAAUGGUCAUGCAAAACUUACAUGUCGUGAAUAUAGACGAUACAUUUAAUCAUAUAACUAAACAUUUAAGGAGGAUUGCGUUAGUAAUAAUACUGACAAGAGCAGGUUUAGAUUUAGAUCCAUCAGCCUUGCGUCGAUUGAAGUGGUCGGUACUAAAACUUGGUCUGGGCCCCUGGUUCGUUGAAUCGGUUGUUGUUGCAAUUAUGUCUAAAUUUUGUUUAAACAUUCCGUGGGACUACAGUUUUGCGUUGGGAGCCGUUGUUGCUGCUGUCUCUCCAGCAGUUACUGUAGUUUGUUUAAUAAGACUGAGAUCUAAAGGAUUUGGGGUAGCUAAAGGAAUCCCCACUCUGAUCAUAGCUAUAGCUGGAAUUGAUGACGCAGUAUCUGUCGCCGUAUUUGGAAUUAUAGAAGGAGCAAUGUUUUCAGUAGGAUCAUUAACUUCUGUUAUACUGCAAGCUCCGAUUUCUAUCGUAGGUGGUAUAGGCUUCGGAUUAUUUUGGGGUAUUCUAUGUCGGUACACUCCAGAGCGAAAUGAUCCCUAUGUGGCGCCUUUAAGAAUUCUACUUUUAUUGGUGGGAUGUUCAAUAAGUGUAUUUGGUAGCGAGACUCUUGGCUACAGUGGAGCUGGUCCGCUUGGUUGUGUUACAGCAGCCUUCACUGCUUUAGUAGUGUGGUCCAAGCAAGGUUGGGAUAUUGAAAAGAAUCCUGCUUCUGAAGGAUUCGAAAUUUUAUGGAUGUUUUUCGAACCCAUAUUGUUUUCCGUGACUGGUGCUCAAAUUAAGUUUAGUGAAUUAGAUGGAAACAUUCUACUUAUGGGCCUUGGCAUUCUAGUUGCAUCUUCGUUAAUACGUAUAGCAAGCACGGCUGUUCUUGGCAUAGGCUGUGGCUUAAAUUUAAAGGAGAAGUUUUUCACUUCACUGGCGCUAAUGGCUAAAGCAACAGUUCAAGCUGCUCUCGGACCAGUUAUAUUAGGAGCCAUUACCGACCGAACAUCAGAAGAACAUAUUUAUGCCAAUAAGGUUAUGAUGGUAUGCAUUCUAUCGAUCAUGUUAACAGCUCCAAUAUCAGCCAUUCUGAUGACUAUCCUGGGUCCCCGUUUACUGACUCGAACAAAUACGCCGUUUAAGGCCAAUUCUUUAAGAACUUCGCACAGGGCAUCUGUUAGAAGUUUGCGUGAUUUGGUAGUAGCGCCAGAAAAGCAUGCUGCUAUCAUGGAGGAAGGAAAGGAGAAUGACUUACCAAGAAAUAAUCAGGGUGAAAUUGACAAAACGAAAAUGUGAUAUUAAGAUUUAUAUAGGAUUACUGUAUUAUUAAGGAAAGUAAACAUUUCUAAUAAAGUUUAAAUUUAUGAAUGAAAUAAUAUUUGCUCGAUGAUUUAAUACGAAAAUACUGUGAGUUCUUUACAAUUUGCUAUUGAGCAAAUAAAUAUACUUAGAAGUAUUAUCAGCAUGCUUCAACCCCUAUUAUUUAUAUUAUAAGACUACACGUACGUAUUUGAUUGCCAUGUAUUUAUAAUAUUUAACUUACCUAUUUUAUUCAAUUUAUAAUUUUAGAACUUUCAAACCCAGUUCACGAAUAACAUUCAUCACUACUGUAAAAAUCUCUUAAUUAUUAAGUUUUUUACAACCAUAUGUGUAAUCAAAGUAUUCGUUCAUAUGUAUUCAUAAUUAAUCAAUAGUAAUUACAGCUAUGUUAUUUACGCAUCUAAUAAAAUAUUGAAUUUA